ACGAAGUAACAAAUUGCAGCACUGAAAACCUAUGUGUCUGUCUAAACUUUGAAGCAACAUAUUGAACUGAAAGUUGUGAAGAACUCAAACAAGAGUGCACGUAGAUGAUGUCUGAAGAAUCACUGAGUAUUGUGGUGAUCCACUAUGCAUCAAGAGACUUCAACACAAGUGCCAUAAAAGUGGUGAUGCAGGGAUUUUCACUUGGUCGUGGAGACAAGCUUACACUUCUUGUAAUUCUUCGCCAAGCUUAUAGUCCAACUAGGCUUCCCUUCAUUGCACAUGCAAAAUUGCGUGGAUUAUUUGAGACUGAUCACAAAAUUGUUGAGGAAGAAGUUGCUAAGAAGAAAGAAGAGCUUCUUAAUAAUGCAAGCAUAAGGGAAAUUUCUGAGCAGUGUGAAGCAGACAGGAUCCAAUUCCGGAUAGAAGUUCUGCAGGGUAAAUUACCAGAGGUUGCUGUAAAUGCUGCUAUCCGUUUGGAGGCAACAUCAGUGAUACUUGAUAGACAGAUGAAGAAAUAUAAGAAGGAAUUCAAGCAGAGUCUCUUUUGUUCUUUGCUAAUAAUGAAACGUGACAACUCUGUGCAACACCUGAGAGGGCCAAGGGAAACACAUCUGUGUGAUAGAAGCAAUGGAAAUGCAAGAUGUGUUACAUCAGGUCCUAAUUCUAAAUCUCCCUCAAGAAUACGGCAACUAACAAAUUCCUGCUCCAAUACCAGUUCUUCAUUUCCUACACUUGCAAAGGGUGGUUGCCCCCAACCCCAACUUUUUUAUUCUCAAAUAAAACAAAUCCCUGAAAAUAGAGAACAAGACAUGGCAAGAGGGUAUUGCCUACUACCCAUUACUGAUACUCAAAAGACUAAUCAUACUGAAGAGUAUCACCCAGCAACACCAGCAGAACAUAGCGACAACCAUGAAGCAUAUCAAUUAGUUGAGCAGUUCAAAAACUCUGUUUGCUCAGUAUGCAAGAACAGAAGACCAAAAUUUGAAGUGAUGAAAGAAUUCACAUACGCGGAGCUGCAUGAAGCUACACGAGGUUUUUCACCAAAAAACUAUUUGUCAGAAGGUGGAUUUGGUUCUGUCUUCAAAGGAAUGCUGCAUGGAGGACUAAGGAUAGCUGUUAAGCAACAUAAGUGUGCAAGCCUCCAAGGAGAGAAGGAGUUCAAAUCUGAGGUCAAUGCACUCAGCAGAGCUAUACAUGAGAAUGUGGUCAUGCUGCGUGGAUCUUGUUCAGAAGGAAAUAACAGGCUUCUUGUGUAUGAAUUCAUUUGCAAUGGCUCUCUUGACCAACAUUUAUCACAACACUCACGUAGGCCUCUUACUUGGGAAGAAAGGAUCAAAGUAGCAAUUGGAGCUGCAAAAGGCUUAUUGUACUUGCAUCAGAACAAUAUAAUACACCGAGAUAUGAGGCCUAGCAACAUCCUUGUUACACAUGAUUAUGAAGCAAUGCUUGGAGAUUUUGGUCUGGCUAGAACUGAACAAAUGGACUCCUUAUACUCCACAGAUAUUGUUGGAACUAUAGGGUAUUUGGCACCAGAAUAUGCAGAAUCAGGAAAAAUGUCAACCAAGACAGAUGUAUAUGCUUUCGGUGUGGUUCUUCUUCAGCUAAUAACUGGAAUGAGGACUGCAGACAAACGUCUUGGCGAAAAAAGUCUUGUGGGAUGGGCAAGGCCACUACUUAAAGAAAGGAACUAUCCAGAUCUAAUUGAUGAACGGAUGUUGGAUAAUCAUGAUUGCCAUCAGCUUUUCUGGAUGAUUCGUCUAGCAGAAAAAUGCCUCAGCAGGGAUUCUCAGAGGCGAUUAUCAAUGGACACAGUGGUGAAUGCCUUAACUCAUAUACGGGAAGGAAACACAUGCAGUGUUGUACUAAGAGACUGCUCUCCAGCACAGUCAGAUUCAUCCUAUGAUAUGUCAGAUUUGCUUAUCUCAGAUACCUCUCAGGAGAUGGAAGGUGAAGAUGCUAGCAACUAUGCAUAUGCUUCUAUGGGCUUCAGACCACCACCAUCUCCUCCACUAGGAAGCACUUCAAGUACAUCAAGCAUGUUCACAGGGCUGAGUGAAUCUCCUAUAGAUGAUUUGUCCAAUAAUGAGAAAAAGGGUAAAAGGGCAAAUGAACAAGGUGGGAUACUUUAAACCAUUAUGGUCUUGUU